GCGCAGGUCCCCCCAGUCCCCGAGGGAGUGCGCCCGACGGAAACGCCCCUAGCCCGCGGGCCUCGCUUUCCUCUCCCGGGUUCCUGGGUCACUUCCCGCUGUCUCCAGCCCGAGCUCGUGGCCCCAAUCCCUGGUACCUCCAUCCUCUGGUCACCCCUUCUCUGGUGCCCCCUCCCCGACUUUUCUUUGUCCCGUCCCCACCCUUGCCCGGGCCUGCCGGACUCCCCUCCUUGACACCCGGCGCCACCUCCUUGAGCUUUUCUCGUCUCCUCCCCAUCCCCGGCUCCCUGGUCCCCUCCCGGAACUUCUCUGGUCCCCUCCGCUCCUCCGCCGCGGGCUUUCCCUUCGUACCCUGCGGCCCCCUCCGCACCCCUCACGGAGCUCCUCGGGUCCUGCCCCCUCCCCGCGCUUGCCCGCGGCGCCCCGCCCCCGUUUUUAAACCUGGCGCGCGGGUAGGUGAGCGCGUUAGCCCGAGUGGAUCUAGGCGCGCUCGUAGGCCGGCGCCGCAGCAAGGGGCGCGGGCUCCGCCAGCACCAUGGAGCCCGAGGCGGCGGCCGGAGCCCGGAAGGCGCGGGGGCGCGGCUGUCACUGCCCCGGGGACGCUCCCUGGAGGCCUCCGCCACCGCGCGGGCCAGAGAGCCCCGCGCCGUGGCGACCUUGGAUCCAGACACCUGGAGAUGCUGAGCUGACCAGAACUGGAAGGCCGCUUGAACCUAGGGCUGACCAACACACUUUUGGAUCAAAGGGAGCCUUUGGGUUUCAGCAUCCUGUAAGAGUCUAUUUACCCAUGUCAAAGCGUCAAGAAUACCUGCGGAGUUCCGGGGAGCAAGUACUGGCCAGUUUCCCAGUGCAAGCCACGAUUGACUUCUACGACGAUGAGUCUACUGAGUCUGCUUCCGAAGCUGAAGAGCCAGAGGAAGGACCCCCACCCCUCCAUCUUCUGCCCCAGGAGGUGGGAGGUCUGCAGGAAAAUGGCCCAGGGGGAAAGGGCAGAGACCAGGGCAUCAACCAAGGGCAGCGAUCCUCAGGAGGGGGUGACCACUGGGGGGAGGGUCCGCUCCCUCAAGGUGUCUCCUCAAGGGGUGGCAAGUGCUCCUCAUCCAAAUGAAUCAGUCUCUGUCUCCUGGGCCCUGCUGCGGGACCUGCCCCUCAUGUUCUCUUGGGGACACCCGAGCCAGGACACCACGCAUCCCUACUGAGUGUGCAGAGGCUAGAGGCUUCUCGGGCAGCCCGUGGCCUGCACACUACUCAUGACAGAAAGUCAGCUUUUACUUUUCUUUCCCCUGGCAAUUUGUUUUUGGUGCACUCAUGCAUGCCUUUGAGAGAGGAUUCUAGGAGAAAGAGAAGGUCUAUGUCAACAGAGUUGUUAUCUGGUAGAGCCUGUUUUCAAAGCUCCUUCUGCAUUGUCACUCACUGAUCAGGUGAUGAAUUCUUCCUAGAUAGUCGCCCACUCCACCUCCUACUUAACCUGAGACUCAUUAUUUAGCUAUUUCUGCUUUUGUAAAAAUAAUUUAGAUAUUAAACUCCAAUUUUAAUCUAUCAUCCAAGGGUAGAUGUAGUUGCUUAGUAGCAUUUUGGAAAAAAAAAAAAAGGUUUGGUUUGGUUUUGUGACGGAGUUUUGCUCUUGUCUCCCAGGCUGGAGUGCAGUGACACAAUCUCGGCUCAUUGCAACCUCCACCUCUUGGGUUCAAGUGAUUCUCCUGUCUCAGCCUCCCAAGUAGCUGGGAUUACAGGCAUGAGCUACCACGCCUGGCUAAUUUUUUGUAUUUUUAGUAGAGACUCGGUUUCACCAUGUUGGUCAGGCUGGCUUUGAACUCCUGACCUCAGGUGAUCCACCCGCCUCGGCCUCCCAAAGUGCUGGGAUUACAGGCGUGAGCCACUGAGCCUGGCCAAAAAAAAAGUAUUUAUUAAAAAAAAAUUUUUUUAACCCACCGAAUAAUUCCCAUAAGAGUAACAAAAAGGACCAGCCUGACCAAUGUGGAGAAACUCUGUCUCUACUAAAAAUACAAAAUUAGCCAGGCGUGAUGGCGCAUGCCUGUAAUCCCAGCUACUCGGGAGGCUGAAGCAGGAGAAUGGCUAGCAUCCGGGAGGCGGAGGUUGCCGUGAGUCGAGAUCGCACCAUUGCAUUCCAGCCUGGGCAACAAGAGCGAAACUCCGUCUCAAAAAAAAAAAAGAAAAAAAGAGUAACAGAAAGAUAGGGAUUUUUAGGAGACAAUUAGAUAAAAAUGUAUGUGAUGACUGUAUAAGGCCUGUGUGUAUGAAUUUAUAGGGAGUAGAACCGUCUCUCUUCUUAGUUGGUGACUGUUUGGGGCUUGGUAUUUUAAUAGAUGAGCAGUAUUUUUUAAUUUUUUAUUUUUUUAAACCUACCCUUAACCCAUGAACACUAUUUUUAAUUAAAGUAUCUGAUGUAAAAUUAUUUUGAGUUUUUAAUAUUUUGAUAAACGUGUAUUCCUGAAACUUUUUGACUUACUUAUCUUACAUGUGGUGUCUUCCUGUAUAUAGUACAUUAUAUCAAUUUCUACUUGAAAUAAAUAUUUUGAAA